GAAAAUAUCAGAGUUGCAAAUUUGCUGAGGAAUUGAACUUCAAUACCAAGAAAAAAUGAAAAACAACAAAAGUGGAGGCGGAAAGGAACCGAUGAACGUCCCCUUAUUACAAGAAUAUUCAUCACCAUCGACUACUCUGAAACUGUAUAAUCAUGAAGAAAUACAAGAUGAUUUAGCGACAAGUGUUUGGAUUGAAUCAAAGAAAUUAUGGCAUAUUGCUGGUCCAACUAUUUUCAGCCGUAUAGCUUCUUAUUCUAUGCUGGUUAUCACCCAAGUUUUUGCUGGUCAUCUGGGUAACCUUGAGCUUGCUGCAAUUUCCCUUUGCACUAUUGUUAUCGUUGGUUUUUCCUUUGGCUUAUUGUUGGGAAUGGCGAGUGCAUUAGAGACAUUAUGCGGUCAAGCAUACGGAGCUAAAGGAUACCAUAUGCUAGGAAUUUACCUGCAGCGCUCAUGGGUUGUUUUGACUAUCUGUUCAAUUUUACUUCUACCGGUUUACAUAUUCACUACACCUAUUCUUAAACUCAUGGGACAACCAGAUGAUUUGGCUGAACUAUCAGGCUUAGUAACAGUUUGGUUAAUUCCCCUGAAUUUUGCCUUAGCAUUGCAAUUCCCUUUACAAAUAUUUCUUCAGUGCCAACUUAAGACACCGAUAGUUGCUUGCGCAUGUUCGGGUGCCCUGUUGUUUCAUAUUUUCUUUAGCUGGUUGGUCGUUUACAAACUUGGUUUUGGUGUUAUUGGAGCUGCUGCUACGUCAAGUGUCUCAUGGUGGAUUACAGUGAUAGGGUUGUUUUCUUAUAUUACUAUUGGUGGUGGUUGCCCUGAAACUUGGACUGGUUUUUCGAUGGAAGCUUUUUCUGGGCUUUGGGAGUUUUUUAAACUCUCUGCGGCUUCUGGCGUCAUGAUAUGUUUGGAGAAUUGGUACUACAGGAUAUUGGUUUUGAUGACGGGGAACUUGAAAAACGCUACGGUUGCAGUCUCAGCUCUUACUGUCUGUAUGAGCAUAAAUGGAUGGGAGAUGAUGAUUCCACUUGCUUUCUUCACUGCAACUGGAGUAAGGGUUGCAAACGAGCUUGGAGCAGGGAAUGGAAAAGCUGCUAAAUUUGCUUCUAAAGUUUCAGCAAUAACAUCUUUGAUAAUAGGGAUAUUUUUUUGUUCGUUAAUAAUGAUUUUUCAUGAGAAAUUGGCAACCAUCUUCACCACGAGCAAUGAAGUCCUCAAAGCAGUUGAUGACCUUGCAGUCCUCCUAGCUUCCACUAUUCUCCUCAACAGCAUUCAACCUGUUCUCUCGGGGGUAGCUGUUGGCUCAGGUUGGCAAGCCUCGGUAGCAUACAUUAACAUCGGCUGCUAUUAUAUCGUCGGAGUUCCAGUUGGAGCUGCCCUCGGUUGGGUUUUCCAUAUGGGUGUUCGAGGUAUAUGGAGUGGGUUGAUAGGUGGAACCGCUGUUCAGACCUUGAUUCUGAUCAUAAUCACCAUUAGAUGUGAUUGGGAUAUGCAGGCUGAAAAGGCAAGCAUGCAAAUGAAGAUGUUAGCGGCGCCUACAUCUUCUAAAGCAUAGACAUCAUCACCAUUUGAGCCAACUAGUGAAAUGAUUCACCUUGGAAUAGCAGCGCAGCCAGGGGCUUAAAUGUUUUGAAAAUAGUCGAUUUCUUUUUGCACAAACUUGCUCGAUGCAUAAUAGAGACAUUGCAUACAGUCGAGUUUCAUAGUGACUCGAAUAUACCACUGAGCAAAUUUGCUUAUAGAUUGAAUAAUCACAAAAUGCCGGAUUUGUUGGAUUUGCA